GUUAUUUACAUUCCCACAACGUUAUGUACAUAACUGAUCGUUCAUAUUCCAUAUUCAUAUUUUAUAUAUUUUUUUCAUUCUAUAUUCAAAUUUUAUACUCAUCCUGGCUAUAUCGUAUCCCAUCGUCUGCACUAUUGAGAGUCACAAACAGCUGGAACCAAAUUCCUUGUGUGUGUCAACACACUUGGCCAAUAAAUCUGAUUCGGAUUCUGAUUCUGAUUCUGAUCUAACAAACCUUCUGUUACAUGUAUGCAUGGGAUGUAGAUUAGCCACAACAAUGAAAACAGAUGGUUCUCGAUGGUAUUUAGUUUCUGGUGAAGAUUCUGCCUCUAAAACGUACAUAAAUCUAAUGUCCUCUUCUUUGUAGUAGAUCCUUCUUAAUGGUCUACGGUCUGUUAAACCAAGCAGAAUUACUGAGGAAAUGUUUUUGAAUUGACAAUACCAUGAUGCCCAUAAAAGACUUCAGUAUUCAGCAGACAGCUUCUAUUCUCUGUACUAUGACCAAUGAAGUAGGAAUGCAGACCGAGCUUCACCACUGCUCGGACUGUGGGAAGCGCUUUUCUCAUCGGAGUAUGCUUCAAAGACACCGACGCGUUCACACGGGAGAGAAGCCGUAUGACUGCUCAUAUUGUGGGAAGAGUUUUUCACAGCUGAUCACUCUCCAACUUCACCAGCGCAUUCACACAGGAGAGAAGCCAUAUGACUGUGCUAAGUGUGGAAAGCGUUUUGCUCGGCUGAGUAAUUUCCAGCAACAUCAACGAGUUCACACAGGAGAAAAACCAUUUAUGUGUGUAUUGUGUGGGGCAAAGUUUACUCACAAGGGCAAUCUCAAAACACACCAGCGCAUUCAUACAGGGGAGAAGCCCUAUCACUGCUUACAUUGUGGAAAGAGAUUUGCUGAUAUUAGUAAUUUUCUACAGCAUGAACGAACUCACACAGGAGAGAAGUCAUUUCACUGCUCGCAAUGCGGAAAGAGUUUUAACCUCCUGCGUAAUCUCCAACAGCACCAGCGCAUUCACACUGGAGAAAAACCCUAUCACUGCUCACAGUGUGGGAAGAGUUUUAAUCAUAACAGGUCCCUCCAGCGUCACCAGAGCAUUCACACUGGAGAGAAACCGUAUCACUGCUCAAGGUGUGGGAAAAGUUUUAAUAGGGAGUGUAAUUUCCAAACUCAUCAGCGCAUUCACACUGGAGAAAAACCUUAUAGCUGUUCACAUUGUGGAAAACGUUUUAACCAAAGAAGCGCACUCAAAGCACAUCAGCGCAUUCACACGGGGGAAAAACCGUUUCAGUGUUCGCAGUGUGGGAAGAGUUUUAAUCAGAAGGAUACACUAAGACAUCACCAGCGCAUUCACACGGGAGAGAAACCGUAUCACUGUUCAAAAUGUGGAAGGAGUUUUACCCACCCGAGUACUCUCCAAAGACACCAGCGCAUUCACACAGGGGAGAAACCUUAUCGCUGCUCACAUUGUGGGAAGAGGUUUAUCUGCAAGAGUGCUCUUCGAAGACACCAGCGCAUACACACAGGGGAGAAGCCGUAUCACUGCUCACAGUGUGGCAAAAGUUUUAACUGCAGGAGUACUCUCCGAAGACACCAGCACAUUCACACAGGAGAAAAGCCGUAUAACUGCUUGCAUUGUGAGAAGAGUUUUACUCGGCUGAGUAUUUUACGUGAACACCAACGAAUUCACACAGGAGAGAAACCCUUUAUCUGCUUACAGUGUGGAAGAAGUUUUUCUCAGCGCGGUAAUCUCAAAACACACCAACGACUUCACACGGGAGAGAAGCCGUAUCACUGUUCCGAGUGCGGGGAGAGCUUUAAACACAAAACGUCUCUCCAGGAGCACCAGACUAUUCACUCCGGAGAGAGACUCUAUUAUUGCUCGCACUGCGGGAAGAGUUUUAAUCGAGAGAGUCAUUUCCAAAUCCACCAGCAUGUUCACACCGGACAGAAGCCGUAUCAGUGUUCGCACUGUGGAAAGAGUUUUGCUCGACCAACUACUCUAAGAAACCACCAACACAUUCACACCGGACAAAAACCAUAUCAGUGUUCGCAUUGUGGAAAGAGCUUUACUCAGCCGAGCACUCUCCAAAACCACCAGCGCAUUCACACAGGACAGAAGCCAUAUCACUGUACACAGUGUGGAAAGAAUUUUAGUCUCUCAAAUGCUCUCCGAAGACACCAGCGUAUUCAUACAGGAGAGAAGCCAUAUCACUGCUCAGAUUGUGGAAAGAGUUUCAAUCAAAGAAGUCACCUCCGAACACACCAGCGCAUUCACAGGCUCACAGUGUAGGGGAAGCUUUACGUUUACAGCAUUUGACAGAAGCUCUUACCCAGAGCGACUUAUAGCUUGUUAUAGCUUAUUUUAUAUAACUGAGAGAGAAUGGUCAAUUUGUUGUGGCCCAUAUGACAUUUCAACAACCCUCUUUAGUAAUAACUGAUUCAUGGACCAGUGUCUUUUAAUAUCCCAUGUUUAUAACUCAGUAGUGGCUUAUGCUAGCUAGCUAAGGUAAGUAUUAUCUAUUAAAUUGUAAAUGAAUAAAAAAAUGGUUGUGAAACUUGGAAGCAAGUAACAAUGAAUUAAAUGGUUUUAUAUUGAAUAAUAAAUGUAUAUAAUAUGA